AUGCAUCUCGCUUGUGUUCUCGCCUUCCUCUCGGCCUCCGCCCUUACCUUGGGCGCACCCAUCGACAGCAACAAUGCCCAGCCUGGGCCAUCGACUGUUGUUGAUGGGGAGAUAGCAAUGGCCAGUCCUCCUUCCAUCAACAACGCCCACGGGGCCAUCGAGAACAUUGAGUCGAUGCCUGAGCCUGAGUCCAUUGACAAGCGCUUUUACUACAAUAACUACACUCCCCUCGAGAAACGCUUCUACUACAAUGACUACAGACCCCUCGAGCGACGCACUUCGAACAUGGGCAUCAACGGUCUCAAGCAGAUGCAACCCGAGUGGGACCCUGCCACUACCAAUAUGGACAUGGACAUGGACGCCCACGACAAGCGCUUCUACUACCAUCAUUACACACCCCUUGAGCGACGCUUCUAUUACAACAAUUACACUCCCCUCGAGCAACGCAAUGUUGAGUCGGAGCCUGAGGCUGAGUCCCUUGACAAGCGCUUCUACUACAACCAUUACACGCCCCUCGAGAAACGCUUCUAUUACAACAAUUACACGCCCCUCGAGCGGCGCAAUGUUGAGUCGGAGCCUGAGGCUGAGUCCCUUGACAAACGCUUCUACUACAACCACUAUCUGCCCGUUGAGGCGCGUGAUAUGGAGUCCAUGGAGAAGCGGUUCUACUAUAACAAUUAUGAACCUCUUGCUCAGUGA